AGAAGGAAGCUAUACACAGGGCAGCCUCAAUGACAAAGCAGGCUGCCUCUAUUAUAGAUCCGCUGUCUGGAUUACCUGAUCACAUGGAACAAACCGAACCGACGUUUGGUUUUAUUUAAAAAAUAUACAUAUAGAUAUUUUGGAAGCUUUGCUGUUUUUUGGGCUUUUUUUUCUCUUUUGCAUUUUAACGAAUGUGCAGGAGCACCGACCGGACGUAUGGAAAGGGGGAAAAAGAUUUAGCGUGGAGCCAUGUUUUUGUUGGAGUUGCAUGCCCAGGCUUAGCCGACGUGCUAAAGGAGACAUAAGGUGUGAAAUAAAUCAAAAUGAGUGGUCUCGGGGACAGUUCCACUGAUCCUGCGACUCAGGAGCGCAAGAGAAAGGCCUCGCCUGGUGACCUCAUUCAGAACACUGAAAAACGGAGACGGGAGCAAGAGAACCGAUAUUUGGAGGAGCUCGCUGAACUGCUCUCGGCUAAUAUUGGAGAUAUAGACAGCCUGAGCGUCAAGCCGGACAAAUGCAAAAUAUUGAUCAAACGAAUGGAUCAGAUCCAACAACUACGGAAGAAAAAGCAGGAAAAAAACCCUGGCGUAGAUGAUGAUGUGCAAAAAGCUGACAUUUCAUCAAGCAGUGGGGGCGUCAUUGAAAAGGAGUCACUGGGUCCUCUUCUCCUGGAGGCUCUGGAUGGAUUCUUCUUUGUCGUGAAUCAGGAGGGCCGGAUCGUCUUUGUGUCAGAAAAUGUCACAAACUAUCUGGGAUACAAGCAGGAGGAACUCAUGAAGGACAGCAUCUACAGCAUCCUACAUGUGGGGGACCAUGAAGAGUUUGUAAAAAACCUGCUUCCCAAAUCUCUAGUUAAUGGAGGUCCGUGGACCCAGGAAACAAACCGGCGGAACAGCCAUACAUUAAACUGCAGGAUGCUGAUUCGGCCUCCGGAUGAUGCAGGAGCAGAGAACCAAGAGGCACGCCAGCGGUACGAGGUGAUGCAGUGUUUUACUGUAUCCCAACCAAAAUCCUUCAAAGAGGAAGGAGAAGAUUUCCAGUCCUGUUUGAUAUGCAUUGCCCGGAGGUUACCUCCUCCUGCGCCUAUAACCUCCUUAGAAUCAUUCAUGACGAAGCAAGAUGCUACAGGAAAAAUCAUCUCCAUCGACACAAGUUCUCUGAGAGCGUCUGGCAGCUCGGGGUGGGAGGACCUCGUCAGGAAAUGUAUCUAUGCGUUUUUCCAAGCUCAGGGCACAGAACCAUCUUAUGCUAAACAACUUUUUCAAGAAGUGAUGACAAGAGGAACCGCUUGCAGCCCAUCGUACAAAUUCACUCUGAGCGACGGGACCCAACUCAGUGCACACACUAAGUGCAAACUGUGUUAUCCGCAGAGUCCAGACAUGCAGCCCUUCGUUAUGGGAAUUCAUAUCAUCGAAAGGGACCAGAGUUCACUUUGUACUCAAGAAAACACUAACUCAGGAAUGUCACUACCCAGACUCAGUCCCUCAAUUAACUCUACCAUCUCCCCAGCUCAAGGGAUGGCCUUCUCUUCUCCAUCUCCGUCCGGCGGCAACAUGCUGACCUCCAAUAUAAUCCAACAGUCAGUCACUGGCAUCCAUAACAUCAGCAGUACCAACACCAGCCAAGCAAGCUAUGGGUGUUCUCCUGGAAGUCAGAUUGGAACAAAUGUUGCCUUAAAUCCCGGGCAAGCCGGACUCCCUAAUAAUAACAAUAUUAACCUCAAUAAUUCCCCUAUGAGCAGUCCAGGGAUCAGCCCACCGCAAUUCAUGUCUCCUAGGCUGCGGAGUAGCCCAGGAUUGGUUUCACGAUCUAGAGCUUCAGGUAAUCCCUUUUCUCCCCCUAUGCCUACAAUACACUCCCCAGUGGGCAUUUCGAGCAGUGGUUGCAACAACAACAGACCAUUUUCAAAUGUGCCCCUCAAUUCCAUGCCUGUUCUGAACGAAGGACCUAAUACCCCUGUGGGAUUUUCUGCCCAGUCUCCAGGCAUGACAGGCAGCCCAUGCCUUAACAACAAUAAUAGGCUUUUUUCAAAUACCCCCAUGAAUUCAGUCCAAGGCAUCAACGAAGGAGCCAACACACCUAUUGGAUAUUCUACAACCUCUCCAAUCCUGCGGCAGAUGAAUUCUCAGAAUUCCCCUGGUCGUCUUAAUAUGCAGUCUAUAAAAAUGGAGCCAAAGGACAACAACAUUGGCAACAGCAACGAGAGGGGAGCAGAGGGGGAACACAAAAAUCACUUGGCCUCUUCUAGUAACAAACUUGUGCAGCUUCUGGCAACCACUGCUGAGCAACAGUUGCGAGAUGUGGACACAAAUUGUCGAGACCCAUUAACCUGCCCUGUGCCUAAUUCAAGCUGUAGCAAUUCUUCAAGUGGAACCUGCCCAUCAUCUCACAGUUCUUUGACAGAACGCCAUAAGAUUUUGCACCGACUCCUUCAGGAAGGAAGCCCUUCCGACCUUAGUACUCUGACUUUGGAACAUGACAAGAAAAGCACAGGAUCUGGUAAUAGCCAGACUUCAACAGGCACAGCGGACAUUAAGAUGGAACCUUACACUGACAAGAAAAAGGACUCAAAGGAUCAUCAGCUGUUAAGACACUUACUAGACAAGGAUGAGAAGGAGGUGAAACCAGCGCCUGCUUUGAGUCUGGACGAUGUCAAAGUAAAACUGGAGAAGUCUGAACAGAUUGAUCAGUGUAACUCCACUCCAAAUUUGGCCAAGCCGGUACAAGAGGACAUAAAACUGGAGUCACAGCAACAGUUUACAGAUAACUUUGACCAGCUUGAUCAGCUAUUACCUACACUGGAGAAAUCAGCUCCGCUGCCUGGGUUCGGAGGGACUGAGCGGACAGAGGGGGCUAUGCCUGGCAAGGCGGAAGUAUUGCCACCUCUGCAAACGGGCACAGUAGCCAGGACACCUGCUGGACUUAACAAUUUUAACGGCAUGAGCACCAGUCAGUCUCCGUUUGGGUUCUGCGACUCUCUGGACUCCAUGCAUAUGGAGCUGAACCCUUUUCCUGCACCCAAUGACACCAGUCCUCGUUCAGGACUAACGCCAGAGCAGAGUCGAGGAGCUGUGCUGGGGGCUACAUCCUUCCAGACAGAUCCAGGUCUACCAGACCCAGACCUUGGCCUCACAGAUCACCAAUUCGGACAGCCGGGGAUGGCCGACCAGAUGCCAUGGUCCGAUAGCUUGACAUCUGUUAGCCGCGUGACCCCAAAUACACAGGAAGAGAUUGACGACUUUCUUUGUCCUCCCACCACGGUGGAGGGUCGUAAUGAUGAGAAAGCCCUGCUGGAGCAGCUUGUGUCCUUCCUCAGCGGGAAAGACGAGACAGAGCUGGCUGAGCUGGAUCGAGCCCUGGGAAUCGAUAAACUGGUGCAGGGAGCAGGUCUGGAUGUUGUCAAUGACCGGUUUAAUCAGCAGACUCCUCUUGCUCCUGUACUUAUGGAACAGAAGCCUAAUAUGUACCCCCAGCCGUAUCCCUCUGCAUCCCCCAACCCAGGCCUACCCAGCCCUUUCUCCAAUAUGGUUCGGCAGAAGACACCUUAUGGGUCUGUUCCAGUUCAAGUACCACCACCUCCCCCACGAGGGGCUUACCCAAAUGCCAUGAAUAUGCAACCUCGACAGAUGCAAGGACGAUCAGCAACAGCAUCCAACCACCUCCGUCUGCAGUUACAGCAAAGGUUACAAGGGCAACAGCUCCUGCACCAAAAUCGACAAGCAAUCCUCAACCAGUUUGGUGUUGGCAAUGCAGUACAGAUGGGCAUGAGACCUGGCAUUCAGCAAGCUAUCACCCCUCAGCCUCCACUCAAUGCUCAGAUGUUAGCACAACGCCAGCGGGAAUUAUACAGCCAACAUCAUCGGCAGCGCCAGCUCAUGCAGCAGCGAGCCCUCCUCAUGAGGCAACAGGGCUUUGGGAACCUCCAGCCCACAGCCAGCCUUCCUGUCACUAUGGGGACUUCCAGGAUCCCUCAAGGUCCCCCGCAGCAAUUCCCUUAUCCCCACAGCUAUGGAACCAACCCUGGAAACCCACCUCCAUCCACCAGCCCUUUCUCACAAAUGGCGACAACUCCUGAGGCCACUCUGCCGAACCGCGGGGGAGCCAAUGUAGGCAGUAUGGUGAACAGGAGCAUGAUGGGAAAUGUUGGAGGACAGUUUGGCUCUGGGAUGAAUUCUCAGCUGCAGCAAAACAUCUUCCAAUAUUCGACAACAGGUAUAAAUCAACAAGGGGAUCCUACAUUUGCACCAUCCCUGAGCCCUACCAGUCCCUUGAUGUCCCCUCGCCUCACUCCUUCCCAGAGUCCUAUGCUCCAGCAGACACCAUCCACACCUGGAUACCAGUCACCCGACCUCAAGACCUGGCAGCCAAAUACGAUGGGCAGCUCAAGUGUCUUCGCUCAGGCAGGACAAACACAGCCCACACCUGGCCAGCAAGGAAUGUACAAUAACAUGAGCAUCACAGUGUCUAUGGGAGGAGGGAAUGCUGGAGUCCAGAAUGUCAACCAAAUGACAGGACAAAUGCAGAUGACGUCUCUGCCUAUGCAGAACAUGAACGCUCUGUGCUCAGAACAGCAACAGGUGAAUGACCCGGCCCUGAGACCAGCCACACUUUAUUGCAAUCAGCUCUCCUCCACAGAUCUGCUGAAAGCAGAACAAGAGACGGGCCAGCAGGUGCAACAGGUCCAGGUAUUUGCAGAUGUCCAGUGCACGGUGAACCUGGUAGGAGGAGACCCAUAUAUGAAUCAGCAAGGUCCGAUUUCCUCACAGAAGACCAACACGGGUCCACAAACACCACAGUCUCAGCAGAAGAGCCUGUUACAGCAGCUUCUCACUGAAUGACCGCUCAUAACCAGCUGAUGAAGGCAUGUGAGACAUAAAGACAAGAGUAGACUGAGCUGUAGAAGUAUAUGUAUUCACCUACAUAUAUUCAUCUUCUAUGAUUAUUGCUGAGAUGUUCUUAUAUCUCAAACUGCAGCCAUCCUUUUGGGAUGAAAUACUGCGGGGUCAAACACACAAAACCAACAAAAACCUUGUUCAGAACUGUUAGAGAGGAAAAAAAACACAAACAUUCUUUUGACCUUUGCCGCAGUUGUUUAAUUUUUCCUUUUUGCCCUGUCCCCUUUGAAUAAUGCUUGGACAGCGAUGGACAUUUGGAGAUAAAGAGAGCUGCAGGGCUGGACAAUCGGACCACUGGUCCCCUUUUCGAGCCAAAUGACAGAUGAUACUUAUUUUUGUACGCAGUUGCUGUGAUGACACUGAAUGGAUUGGGCGUUUGCUUUUUUUAAGACGCUCAUUUAGAAUGUCCCAUGAGGAACUCAGUCUCAGCUGGUUCUGUCACUGAAAUGGAACCUGAAGAGGAGAAGAGGAGGGUUCUGGGUAAUUUACGGGUGGCGGGGAUGGGGGAAAAGUACAUAUAUAUAUAUUAUACCGAGGUAAAGCGCAUCUUUGUUGCAGCUGAAGUGCAUUUGUAGAGCUAUCUUUGGCUUGUAUGUACAAUCAUGAUUUUUCUAAGUGGGAGGCCUGCUUUGCGCACAUUUUAGGGCCUAUUUUUUACCCCUUUGCCGCUGGUGCAGGGAAUGGGGCAGCCCGCAAUAUUUUCAUGAAGCUGACAAUUUCUUGGGGAAAAAAAAUGAACUUUUUUCUUGACAAUGGGAAAAAUCAUUGAAAUAAUUGAAUAUCUGAUUAUUAUUUUUUUCCAUGAGCUGUAUAUAGGGGUCAGCGAGAUUUGGCUAGGCUAUCCGCUUCACAUCGAAAAGACACAUGCUCUUAUUUUGUACAAAGUUUGGUAAAAGCUGUGUUUGUUUCCAUAUGUCACAUUACGUUGAUCACAUUGUCAAUGUCCCCUGAGAGUUAUUAUACUGGGCUAUGCAAAUAGGCUUGUAGCAGGGCUGGGUAACAGUAUGCGUGCAGCUGAAUGUUACAGGAGGAAUAAUUAUAACCAGCACGAGUGCUAUUGUCACCCUUACCUGAUAUGAGCCUCAAACUAUCUUGGGAGAAAUUCAAUAGCCAUUGUCAUACAGAUAUGCAAUUAUCACACGGUCCCAGACUGCACCAAUGGGCUCCUUAAAAAGGAAACUAUUGGAAAACCCUGAGACUGCUUGUGGGAGGGACCUGUUGCAUACCCCACCCUCUAGCAACCAAAGGCAAAAUGAAACAGACAUCAAUUAACAGUAAUGGGUUUUACCCAGCAGAUUACCUUGCACUUUAAUUAGUAUUUGCUUGUAUUAGAAGUUCUCCUCGGUGGGGGUAACAUAUGUCAUUAAAUUUAAUUUCUGUAGUAGUGCAUUGGGGGAAUAACUGGGACAUUCAAAGAUUCAAAGACAACUAAUACCAAAUAGAAGAAGCCAGAGUGGGUUCUGUUGAUUUGGGACUGAAUGUUGGUCAUAAAGGAAGACAAAUUUACAGUAGUGGAGAGAAUUCUGUUUCCGACCAAGCCGGUUUUAUGAUGACACCACAUUAAGAACAUAUAGUUUGCAUCAUAGACAUCAGCGUUAGCAAUGAGCUGCGAAAAACUAAAAGCGCUACAUUUAUACUAUUAAAAUGAGAAAAACGUCACAAAACAGGAAAUAAACGUAUGAUAUAAUAGUGAAUUCCUGUGGGGAAAACAAAUGAAGAAAAUAUUAUGGACCACAUAAGUCUAAAUGUAUCUCAAGGCUCAUUUAGAGCCGUAGCCGACCUCUCCAAAUUAAUCUGCGUGUAUUUUUUAUUUCUUUAUUCUGAGAUUUUGUGUUAAAAAUCUACAUCCUACCUCUUGCAACUAAAUAUUUCUUACAUUUAAUUUUUUUUUACAGGAAUUCUCUACUGACAUUACUGCUAACUAGUGUUACACAUGAUGCAUACACAGCAUAAAUGAUCAUGUAGUAUAAUCGCAAAUCGCACUACACCGGUGUUUUACGGUGUUUAUUCUUUAGGGGGAGGGCUGAGUUUUAAUUUUUUUACCUACAUGGGUAAGAGAAGCUUGCUCCUACUGAUUGAAAGAUAAAUUAUAUCAGGAGCUUUAGCUAUAAAUUUAAAUUUGAACAUGCCAUAAGAAAGGCUAAUGCAUUUAAUUGGUGAAGGCUCCUGAAAUCUAUGAAAGUCCGUAAACAAAAGUGUGUUGAUUUGAUCACACAAUUAUUUUAGCCCUUUUAAUUUUGAAGGCAAUAAAAUAGACUAAAUAAUUUCAGUAAAUGUUUCCCUGUUGGUGUACAGACCACAUUCCAAUCCUAAAAUCAUCAGGACCCACCCAAAUCUCUGCUGACCACUCACGUAUAUGUAUAAAAAGAAAAAUCUACAGCUUUUUGGCUUUGUUGUGUUUAGCCCCUUCUGUUACCAGAGGAACGGAACGGAUGAGGCCUUAAAAAAAUCAUCACGAUCAACAACUUUGUGUACAUACAUUCCGUGCCCCCACCACUAAGCAUUCUGGGUCGUUAUAAACAGAGUGGUUUGUGUUUAGUUUCCUGCAAGCCGCUGUCAGAUGUCUAGUCUAAGAUAAGUAAUCGCUUUAACCUGCUGCUAGAAUCUUGUAUACCCUCCAGACUCGCCAUUACUAAGUCCAUAACAAUGUAACUUAUACUCAGGAUAUUCCCACUGCCUGUAGCCUGCAGCGGUAUCAUGCAACAGGAAUUUGUCAUUUUUAUUGUUCUGUUUGUGUUUUUUUUGUUUUUUUAAUGAACCAGGCCUUUAAGCUUGCUUUUUUUUUAUGUAAAUGGAAGGAAGUCUUCUUUUUUUUUUUUAAUAUUAUUUUUGGAGAGAAACAUCAUUUUUUUUUUUUAUUGUCAUUUUGUAAGCUUUGUUAUAUUGUGUUAGGUCGUUCACAGGCACUGCCUUUCACUUCCUGGUUUAUUGUCCAUUCCAGGGCUUACACAGUACCUCAGUUGUUAUACUUUUUAGCAGAAGAGGGAUACCCAACACAUUUCACUCCCCUCUGGAACAGAAAGACUACAAAAAUGACCAAUUUUAUCACCGAUUGACCUGUAGUUACUCUGUUUACCUUAUUCUACAGCAGAAGUUAAUUUCCCUGUGACACUCAAUGAAAAGUAGUGGCAUAAUUAAAAUAACAAUCACUUUUGAGUUCUAAAAAUACUGUUUAAAUAUAGUAUGCAUACUAUAAAAAUCAAUAUUAAAAAAAUAAGAUGCUCUUAUAAAGAGAGAUUUCUGCACAUAUAUGUAGGUUCGCUUUAGUAGAAUGUAGCAUAUUUGAAAAUGCCUUUGUUUAUCUGCUUGAUGUGAAAGCAGUUUAAUUUUAGAUUUUAGCCACUGUAUACAUUGUUUUUUUUUUUUUAAUUAACUGCUGUCUUAUUCACUUUUCAAAAAAAUAAAUAAAAAGUGGCCACCAAGUAUUGCCACAACUGGCAAUGUCGCACCUCCCUAAUAGAAAAGGCAGUGCCUAUGAAUACAUUGUCACCUCGCUUUAUUUGUUGCUGCAGGUAAAUAAAAAAAAAAUUAAAAACUUGCUGUACAUAGAGAGCUUGCCACACAACAUGAACUGUUUAGUUUUUUCUUAAGUGGUGGGAAACUUUACUGCUUUACUCAAAACCUGACUUCUGAAACUUGUAAAAUAACCAGCAUGUCAAAAAUGUCGAUAUUAUGUUUAUUUUUACUUCGCUCCAGAAUGUUCUUAGAUCCUACUGCUUAAAAAAAAAAAUAAAAAAAAAAGAAGAAAAAUAGAAAAAGGAAAAAAAAAAAAUAUUUGGCCCAUACAUUCGAGCAUUUUUGGUAACUUGCUACAUACAAUUUAUUCUUACAUUUUGGAUCGAGAUUCUUUAGCCAGCUGCUUUUCGUAAUGUAAAAAAAAAGGUAUGAAAAUAAGUUUCAAAUAUUUUAUAUUGCGACUGUUUCUUAAAAAAAAGAAGGAAAAAAAAAAAAGCGAAUGCCGGGAUUUUUCAUAAUUCCACCCCUCCCCCCCCCCCCCCCACUCAAUAAUUAUAAAUAUAUUUUAAAAAAUUGCUGUUUUCUGGUAAAUAACCAAACUUGUUCCCUUUUAAAACAAAAUGAGGAAAAAUACCUAUUUUUUGUUUUUAAUAAAUGCUGGCUAUCGAUCACACAAAUAACGGAAUAAUUUAUUGUUAAAAGACAACAGAUGGUUCUUUUAAUUUCAUAAGGAAAACCUCGUAACAAAUUAUACUUUUCUUUUUUUUUGCUUCUAUUUUCUCUACUUAUUCCUUGUAGGGGGAAGGAAAGAAUGUACUUUAAGAUGGAAAAAAACUAUUAAAUCUAAACAUCAAAACAGGUAUUUCCAGUAAAAGGUUUUUAAAGAGCAAUUUUAUUUUAUUUUUGUUAACUUUUUUUUUUUUUAAAUUGCUCUGAAAACACACACAAAUCUAUUUUACAGAACAGCAACUUAAUUUGUUUAAGUAAUGAUGCAUUACAGAACGAGAAAAGAAUGUAACAUGAUUUAUGAACCGAUCUGAUUUCAGAGAAGUCUGUAGCAUAUUGCUAAACCGACUCCUGGCAUUAGGUAGGUUUAACCCCUCUGAUGCCAGGAAGACAUGAAAGAUGAAUCUCUCUGGCUGCAAAGGGGUUAAGAUGGCUGAAUAAUAUUGCUUUUUGCUGUUAUAUUAUUGGCUUUGUUCAAUGUUUAAUUAUUCUGUUUAUUGUAAAUAAAGUCAUUUAAAAUCCUGA